AGUAAGUCCGUCCUCUUUUCCUUCCCCAACACACAACCCACGCUUUAUGGGUCCACAAGCGCAAACUGUAAACAGGAUCAGUUCAUUAGUUCAUUAUUUUCGUCAACACAGAAUUUAUAGUUAUAAUUAUACUGCAGUAUUUCUCUCAGAUCAGUUCAUUUGGGUUUAAAAAUGAGCAGUGAGAUAAAGACCGAGAAGACAGAAACUAUUGAAGGUGUGCAGGAGAUGGAAGUCAAACUCGUAGAGGAAACUGUACAUGAUGAACAGAGAAAGGAGGAUGAGGAUGAAGAGGAGGAUGAGGAGGCUUUGCCCCAUUCUGAAUUCCUGGAUAUUUUUGAAGAAGGCUUGGCUUUGAUUGUUCAGGACCCACUCUUAUGUGACCUGCCGAUUCAGGUGACCCUGGAGGAGGUGAACUCUCAGAUAGCUCUGGAGUAUGGCCAGGCUAUGACGGUCCGUGUGUGUAAAGCUGAUGGAGAAGUCAUGCCGAUUGUGGUGGUGCAGUCUGCCACUGUACUGGAUCUGAAGAAGGCCAUUCAACGCUACUUGGAACUGAAGCAGCAGCGAGAGGGCGGCAUCAAACACAUCAGCUGGAGAUACGUGUGGAGAACGUUUCACUUGGCUUUUAACGGGGAAAGGUUGGAGGACGACAAAAAGAAACUGAAAGACUCCAUCAUGCCACUGAAGUCGUGUAAUAUGUCGUAUCCCUUCUCCAAUGUUUCUGUCUUCAGCUAUGAAAUCAGGAACAGAGACGAAGUGACAUUCAUGAAGAAGCUGAGGAAGAAAUAAGCCAUCCGUAGUCCAGAUGAUUCCACGGGUCUAAGAAUACGCACGUCGACGUUUUACCACCUCUUAUAGACAGUACGACUUUGUUCCUGGUGCCAUGACAUGAAAAUUUCACCACUGGCAUUUCCUUAAUGAAGAUCUCACGUUCGCGUGCCUCAGUAUUCGUCCGCCUUUAGGAGCUUUAACAGGGCAAGGACAUUGGGAAUUUUCUCUUUUGGUACUAUUGACUCUUUAUCUUGGAUCAUGGACGAAAUCAAUUCAAACCACAUUUGAAGCUUCUGAGGUGGUCUAUUUAUUUUAUUUUGUACAUAUUUUUUUUUUGUAGUUGAAGUUUAUUAAAAUCCCAACUUGUUUGUA